AUGUCGUCCAAUGGAGAUAAUAGUUUUGAGCGUCGGCCGUCUUUAUUUCAGCAACGCCGACUCUCCACGCAAUUCAAGAAGAAUGCCUGGCUUGGUCCUCCUUCUGAUAUUAUCUAUGCCGGGAUAUCAGCCAGUUUCUCAGAGAAAUAUUCUAUCAUUGCCAUAGCCUUUCGCGAUACAACCUAUCUAUUGGACUUUGUCCAGAAAAAAUACGAAGUUUCUGAGGGCUGCGAUGGUGCAACUAACUUUAUUAUCGACGAGCUCGAAAAAUACACGAACACCAACUUGGAAAAGAUCAUUGGGGCUGCAAUACCUCAGAGCCUUGCCGACCGUUGCCCUAAACUCUGCUCUCGCCUCUGGGCUGAGCUCGAUAUCAUUCCCCUCGUGUUACCGGAAGCGUCGAGGGAUCGGUAUACUACGGGAUCUACAUGGGAUUGCAAACACGUCGAUGAGCAGGCGGAAUCUAUGGCCCGCAAAUGUGUGAGAUUGUUUGGUCCGGAGAAAACCCCAUUACUGCAAGUAGGUUUGAUGGGGACCGUGGAGGUUGACACAGACUUCCAUGUCCGUCUUACAAACCUGGACGAUUUUCAGAAUACCGUCUCUCAUCGGACUUGGUCGGCUGUGCAACAUUAUGCUUCAGACCUUAAAGAUCGGAAAGUGAAGAUUGCUUUCUUUAGUGCUACACCGCAAGGUGGAGGUGUGGCUUUGAUGCGACACGCCCUAGUGCGAUUUUCCCACUACCUUGGUACUAAUAUCAAAUGGUACGUCCCAAAGCCGUGGCCGGGUGUAUUCCGAGUCACCAAGAACAUCCACAACAUCCUGCAAGGUGUCGCACAUCCGGAUGAACGUCUAAGCACAGAGAACAAGAACCUGCUGCAAGACUGGAUUGCCGAAAAUGCAAGACGAUACUGGACCUCUCCGGGUGGCCCUCUAUGCUCUACUGCCGAGGGAGGCGCCGAUGUGAUCAUCAUUGAUGACCCUCAAAUGCCGGGAUUAAUUCCGAUAGCCAAAAAAGGCAGCGAAGCCCACAGGCUGAAGCGUGGCAGUUUCUGUGGAACCAAAUCAAACUUGCUGAUUGCUUCAUCAGCCACCCAGCUGGAUGGAUUGAACAAGCACAUGUGCGACAAGGAUGUGGCACACUAUGGCCGUAUCUUCAAUGCAGCCUGCCGAAAUGCGGAGAUGCUGCCCAUAAAAUAUCCCGAAGAAAAGUACAUCGUGCAGAUAGCGCGAUUUGACCCAUCGAAAGGAAUCUUCGAUGUUCUCAACUCAUAUGAGAAAUUUUAUAACCGGCUUGUCCAAGAAAGACCGGAUUUAGAGGCCCCAAAACUUCUCAUUUGCGGCCAUGGCUCAGUAGAUGAUCCAGAUGGAACUGUGAUUUACGACCAAGUGAUUGAACACAUAGAUGUGAAGAUCCCCUUCAUCCAAGAUUCCAUUUGUGUCAUACGGUUGCGACCAUCGGACCAGGUUCUGAACGCUCUUCUCUCCAAAGCCACCAUCGUACUGCAGCUGUCUACCCGAGAAGGAUUUGAGGUUAAGGUAUCAGAAGCUCUUCACAAGGGUAAGCCAGUGAUUGCUACACGCGCUGGGGGUAUUCCACUGCAGGUCGAGGACACCAAAAACGGAUUUCUGGUCGAUGUGGGCGAUACAGAUGCAGUUGCACAGCAUCUGUAUGACCUAUGGACGGACGAGGUGCUCUAUACUCGCAUAUCGCAGUAUGCACUCAGCCAUGUUUCGGACGAGGUGAGCACGGUAGGAAAUACUGUGAAUUGGCUGUAUCUCGCUUCGAAGUUCUCUAAAGGCGAGUCGGUAAAGCCAAAUGAGCGUUGGAUUUACGACCUGGCUUUCGAGGAACUUGGUAUUGCCACGACCGGGGAGCCGCAAUUGACACGAGCAGUCAAGUUGGAGAAUAUGGGAUAG